CCCAUAGGUAGGUGGAAAGGACAUAUCACAUAUAACUCUGCUACUGACAGUCACUCACUUGAAUUGAGUAUUGAUAAAAUUGUGUUCGACCUUAAUUGCCAUUCAUCUUAGAUCUUAAUCACUAAUCACUCCCGGUUUUCUAUCGUGAUACUAAGAUAGAUAGUAUUAUAGACUCAUAAAACUCCCACUCAGAUACCUACGCUUUUACUAAAAGACCAAAAUGAUACGCCAUAAGAGUACCAUUUAUGGCGGCAAGCUCAUCGCCAUGAUAACGCUUGUUGAUACCAUUUCAUCUUGCUGGUUUGGUUAUGACCAAGGUGUAUUCGCCGGCGUGCUCAUUUCCACAGAUUUUAAAGCAGUAUUCCCCGAAACCUUAGAUGCCAAUAUAUCUGGCAUAACUUCCAGUUGUUUCUUCAUUGGCGCUUUUCUGGGCUCAAUAGCAGCCUUCGUGCUUGGCGACAAACUUGGGAGGAGGAAGACUAUCGCGUUGGGAUUAAUCCUGAACUUAAUAGGGGCGACGCUGCAGUUUCUUUCCUGGGGCCUACCGCAGAUGAUUAUCGGGCGGGUAGUGAAUGGGCUUGGAAUUGGAUUAACUUCCACAACAACACCGGUAUAUCUCUCCGAAUGUGCCAAAUCUCACCAGCGGGGCAUGCUUGUGGGCAUAGGCGCUUCGUCAAACGUCACCAUGUUUGCAUUGGCGAACUGGAUCAACUACGCCCUCUUCUCCCAGACGGGACCUAUGCAAUGGCGUUUCCCCCUCGCCUUCCAGAUCAUUUUCUUCUUCAUGAUCGCUCCGCUCCUCUUCUUCGUGCCUGAUUCUCCAAGGUGGCUACUACUGGUAGACAGGGAAGCCGAGGCCUUGGAUGUGCUUGCCCGGCUGGCCGGGAAAGACAUCCCCAUGGACGACGCGGGUGUGACGGCAGAGUUUCGCUCCAUCAAGUCGGCCAUAGACCUCGAGAGAGAGGACCGCACGCCUCUCAUGGACGUCAUAUGCUUCCGUGAUAAGACGCAUAACUUCCGCCGAUUGAUUCUGUCAUGUGGUACACAGUUUAUGCAGCAGUUCAGCGGCAUCAACGCUCUCGGUUUCUAUCUACCCACGCUACUGACUGAGAACGUCGGCUUCACCGAGGAGAUGAGUCGACUGAUCGCAGCCGUCAACGGUACGGUUUACCUCAUUUCGGCAUUUGGAAGCUUGAUUGGCAUUGACCGCUUCGGGCGGCGAAAACUUAUGAUGUGGGGUUCAAUUUUGAUGGGUCUCUGCCAUCUCAUCGCGUCUCUUACGCUUAGAGAGAGCGACGCGGAUAUUUCGAAGAGGGAGCUGAUGGGUAAUGUUACGACUGCAAUGUUCAUCGUGUAUCAUGUAUUCUUCGGCGUCACAUUUGCCAGUACGCCGUGGAUCUACUCCGCCGAGGUGAACUCCCUGGGCUGGCGGGCCCGCGGUGCUGCGGCUGCAACUGCGACGAAUUGGCUUUUGGGCUUCGUAGUCACGCAGUACACCAAAGUGGGCAUCGACAACCUCAAAUGGGCGUUCUACCUAAUGUUCGCAAUCUUCUGUUUCUCCUGGUUUCCCAUAAUACUGCUGUUCUACCCUGAAACCUCCAACCGGACGCUGGAAGACAUGGACCAUAUGUUCAUACAGAACCCAUCGAUAUUCGUGUACGGAAAGCCGGAUAUGACGCAGCAUAUUCGGCCCUUGAGCUUUAUAGACGCGGAGGCUCAGCGCAUUGCUAAUUGCUAGACUUUGAUGGAUAUGAUAGAUGAUAGAGCUUGAUGAUAGGCAACUAGGGGCUGGGGGGUAUGCGUCAUGAUGUAAAAGGGACCUGGUCUUGGUGUUUGGGAGGGGAUCUUGCGGUAUACGUUAAUUACUAGGUAGGUAGACUUCGGAAGAUUAGAGAAUCUUUUCGAAGCUGAGAUAUGAAUUAAUGUAAAGACGUUCAUGUCGGUAUCAAGUCUGACUGUCAAUUAAACAUUGAGUACCUACGUA